AUGUCUCGUCUGAAUUUCCUGCAACGAGUCUUGGGAUCGACCCCAGUCCCGACUCCGUCCGUGGCCCCGGCUCUGUCGACUGCGUCGAGCACUUUGCGCUUUCGGACUAUCGAUACCAACUUCUCCACAGUGAAGGAGGGAGACCGCGUCAUUUUACACGGCAAGAACCCCUUGUUGACCAAGGUUCUGAAGAGUGGUGAAAAGCACCAGGUUUCCACAGGCACCGUGGAACAUGACAGCAUCAUUGGAAAACGACCUCGGGACAAGGUGCAAAUGCGCAAAGGCCCGCCGGUUCGGUUCAGUUUCCCCACGCUAGAAGAAUAUGUCUCUCUGGUGCCUCGAUUGGUCACUCCAAUUUACCCACAAGAUGCGAAUCUGAUUACAUCCCUCCUCGACCUCCACGUCAACACACCCGCAGAGGGCGAGACACAACCGCCUCUGGAGAUUCUUGAGUCUGGAACAGGCCAUGGCUCUCUCACUCUGCACCUGGCGCGUGCCAUUCACGCCGCCAACACUACUCCACCUCCUUUGCCGAAGCGAUCACAAAUCAAAUUCAUUGAAGGCCGGAUCAAGGGACCGGAUGAAAAAGAUGGACCGAAAGAGACUACCGAGCCGGUCUCGGACCCAGUACAGGAAGAGUGGGAUGCAUGGCGAGCACAGCGCAAUGCCAUCAUCCACACAGUGGACACUGGAGCGAAGUUCUCUGCCCUAGCUGAGAAGAACGUCAAGGGAUUCCGUCGCGGAAUGUAUGCCGGCAACGUUGAUUUCUAUGUGGGUCCCGUUGAAAGUUGGGCUGCGCAGCAGAAGGAGCUGCGCAAGACGGAACAAGGCUCUGAGGGAAGUACUGUCGAGCCAUUUGUGUCGCAUGUUAUUCUUGACAUGCCUUCUUCCAACCUGAGAAUCCCACACGUCACCCCGAUCAUGAAGCGGGACGGCCUCCUGGUGGUGUUCAUGCCCAGCAUCACGCAGAUUGGAGAGUGUCUAAAACUCAUCAAGGACCAGAAUUUGCCUCUUGUGCAGGAGAAGGUCAUCGAGCUUGGCAAUGGAAUUAGCGGCGGACGCCAGUGGGAUGUGCGUUAUGCUACUAAGAAGUCCAGCUCCGAUCCGGCAUCCUGGGCUACUUCUUCGGAAACCGAGGGUUCGGCUUCGGAGGCCGAGGAAACUAGCGAUACAGACUCGUCUGAGGUGGUGGUCCCAGAACAACCUCCAAAGGAAGAGUCUGUGUUAGUUUGUCGACCCAAGGUUGGAGUGCGCAUUCAGGGCGGUGGCUUUGUUGGAGUUUGGCGCCGCAUCGAAGACCACUGA